AUGUCUACAACCAGCCCGGCCACCGGCGAUGUAGUCGCUACACUUCCUGAUGGGAACUCAUUCCAAUCAGCCCAGCACGCGACCAUUCCCCAUCCCAUCGGCUGCGAAUGCAGUAACUCGCAUAAUGUGCUCGAUACAAGCGCCCCAGCGCAGCUGGCUUCUGGCAAAGAGACGACUGGAACCCAUAUUGCUACCAACAAUGUGCCUGGAGAUAGCAAGAAGCGCCAGAACGAAGCAAAUCAAGAAGAACAAGAAGCCGCCAACAAGCGACGGAAUCUAAACGACUCGACAUCAGAACUGUCUGACCAACGGACCGUAGCACGGACCCGACGCGAUGGAAAGCUUGCGGAGGCGAUCGAGAAAGGCCGGCUCACAUGUCUUCAACUUUGCGCAGAGCUGCACACCAACCUACCUCGAGAACUGCGAGACAUGGUGUAUAGCGAGAUCAUCGGCCCUUACUACCGCGAGAUCGUCACCGGACACAGGGACUGGAGAAAAGACGUCAUUCAAAGCACAAAAAUGGAUUUCGUCAACCAAGGGAUACGAGGCCUCAAGCCAACUGAACAGCGCGGUCUGAAAUGGUGGCUCGACAGCUAUAUGGGCCGCGCCGUAGCCACCGAGAUAAUCGAGGCCUGGUACCGCGGUCGAACCUUCUGGUUCAGUCACCGCCGGUUGAACCUGAUCCCCGAUUUCUUGGAACGCGACGUCUUCUCCAAAGGCCUCAAACCAGGUCUUAUCGUCCAGCACAUGCACGUUCACGUGGGCGAAUACCAAACCAAGACUGGUUACUUCGAUGAGCUAAGAGAUACACUCGGCAAAAUCAAGAACAAGGAUGUCAACUUGCACAUACGUCUUCACAACAGGACUAGCAUGUCGGCUCGACGGCUGCAACUAGAGAGGCUGGGUCCUGUCGUUUACCAGCUAAGAAGGGAGGGGCUGAGUCGCAUUACUGUACAGAGUGCGGGUGGUUGCAAGGACUUCACGUCGUUGUUUGACGUGGAAGAAGAGCUGUUCAUGGUUUGCCUGGAACUUUGGGCGUUAACGGCAAAUCCCAACAUCUGA